AUGAGGGAGGACAAUAACAAACUCACCAAGGAGGACAAUAACAAACUCACCAGGGAGGACAAUAACAAACUCACCAGGGAGGACAAUAACAAACUCACCAAGGAGGACAAUAACAAACUCACCAAGGAGGACAAUAACAAACUCACCAAGGAGGACAAUAACAAACUCACCAAGGAGGACAAGAACAAACUCACCAAGGAGGACAAGAACAAACUCACCAAGGAGGACAAUAACAAACUCACCAAGGAGGACAAUAACAAACUCACCAAGGAGGACAAUAACAAACUCACCAGGGAGGACAAUAACAAACUCACCAAGGAGGACAAUAACAAACUCACCAAGGAGGACAAUAACAAACUCACCAAGGAGGACAAGAACAAACUCACCAAGGAGGACAAGAACAAACUCACCAAGGAGAACAAUAACAAACUCACCAGGGAGGACAAUAACAAACUCACCAAGGAGGACAAUAACAAACUCACCAGGGAGGACAAUAACAAACUCACCAAGGAGGACAAUAACAAACUCACCAGGGAGGACAAUAACAAACUCACCAAGGAGGACAAUAACAAACUCACCAAGGAGGACAAUAACAAACUCACCAAGGAGGACAAGAACAAACUCACCAAGGAGGACAAGAACAAACUCACCAAGGAGAACAAUAACAAACUCACCAGGGAGGACAAUAACAAACUCACCAAGGAGGACAAUAACAAACUCACCAGGGAGGACAAUAACAAACUCACCAAGGAGGACAAUAACAAACUCACCAGGGAGGACAAUAACAAACUCACCAAGGAGGACAAUAACAAACUCACCAAGGAGGACAAUAACAAACUCACCAAGGAGGACAAGAACAAACUCACCAAGGAGGACAAGAACAAACUCACCAGGGAGGACAAUAACAAACUCACCAAGGAGGACAAGAACAAACUCACCAAGGAGGACAAUAACAAACUCACCAAGGAGGACAAUAACAAACUCACCAAGGAGGACAAGAACAAACUCACCAAGGAGGACAAGAACAAACUCACCAAGGAGGACAAGAACAAACUCACCAAGGAGGACAAGAACAAACUCACCAAGGAGGACAAUAACAAACUCACCAAGGAGGACAAUAACAAACUCACCAAGGAGGACAAGAACAAACUCACCAAGGAGGACAAGAACAAACUCACCAGGGAGGACAAGAACAAACUCACCAAGGAGGACAAUAACAAACUCACCAAGGAGGACAAGAACAAACUCACCAAGGAGGACAAGAACAAACUCACCAAGGAGGACAAUAACAAACUCAUCAAGGAGGUCUGA